UGCCGUUUUUUCCUCUCUGGCCCACACGUCUAUCAAGUCCUGGGAACAACCAAUUGGAUCAUGAAGUAUGAGACCUGGCAGCCCAAUCGCCCAGUCAUGGGGGCGGGCGGGGGCGCGGCCAGAUCCUGCCCCGCCCCUGCUCCGUGGCUGGUUCUGUCCCCGCUGGCACCUCGGGCGGGACCUGAAGACAUGGGCACCACCUGGGGGAGCCCUGGCUGGGUGCGGCUGGCGCUCUGCCUGGCGGGGUUAGUGCUGUCUCUCUACGCCCUGCAUGUGAAGGCGGCGCGCGCCCGAGACCGGGAUUACCGCGCGCUCUGCGACGUGGGCACCGCGAUCAGCUGUUCGCGCGUCUUCUCCUCCAGAUGGGGCAAGGGCUUCGGACUGGUGGAGCAUGUGCUGGGACAGGACAGCAUCCUUAACCAAUCCAACAGCAUAUUCGGUUGCAUCUUCUACACACUACAGCUGCUAUUAGGUUGCCUACGGACACGCUGGGCUUCCAUCCUGCUAGUGCUGAGUUCCUUGGUGUCUCUCGCUGGUUCUAUCUACCUGGCCUGGAUCCUGUUCUUCGUGCUCUAUGAUUUCUGCAUUGUUUGCAUCACCACCUAUGCCAUCAAUGUGGGCCUGAUGUUGCUUAGUUUCCGGAAUGUCCAAGAGCCCCAGGGCAAAGCUAAGGGGCACUGAGCCCUCACCCCAGGCCAGGCUGACCUCGUCUGCUUUGCAUUGGUACAUGAGCCUUGCCCAAGGGGUGGUAUGUCUGGCUCUCUAGAAGGCCCUGCAUCUAAGACCUUCUAGAAUUCCCUCCCUUCCCACCAUACCCACACACAACAGUGGACCAAAUGUGCCAUGCUCUCACUUUUUUUCCACCCAGUGCCUCUGGCUCUGUCCCCAAGAGCUGGUUUCUGAAGCUCCUGCCAUUGGCCAAGGAGGGAAGAUUUUGAACAAUAAAAUUUCUUAAAUAAAU